CUGAUGUCAGUGAGCAGGAGCCAAAAAAAGGAGAGAAGGAACACAGGCUUGCAGGAGAAAGACAAGGGAAGCUUCCCGACCUGAAGGCUCAAGCUGAUCUCUUCCAGACCCAAAAGGCCAGGAUUCCAUGACUGAUUUGGGGAGUGGGCGCAACUCUGACUCAAAUUCUCUGCCAUUUGCUGGUGCUGGGUUGGAACAAGCUACCCAAAGACUUCAGGUGCAGUGGAAGCAAUCUUUCUGCUUCAUUAGAUAAAACUUUAUUCAUGGAAAGAAGACUCCUGAAAAGAGAAAUAAAAAAACUCCUGUGUGAUUAUGUUGGCAUCAGACUUCGGGAAAAUGAAUUUGAUCCAAAGGGAAGAAACCAGUUCACCUAUCUAGAUGAGAUGGCUCAUUAUGAUUUGGCCAUCAGCGUCGCUUUACAGUGGCUUGGUUACAAAGAAGAUCAAAUACAUUUGGAUUGGGAGAAAGUGAAGGUACCAUUCCAUUGCAGGCAUGUAUUUCCUAAUCGUCUUGAACGAGAAGCUAUGAUUUUAUCAUUUUAUGCUGGGAACCUAAUGAACAGUCUUCCAGUUGAAGAAAUCUUUGAAAUUUAUGGCAUUCACGCCUCUGCAAAGCACUUGCCUGGUGCUAAGAGGGUUCCUCAGGCCCAAAAUAUUCAUCUCUCAUCACAUCCUUUUGCCAUGCUAACAGCUUCCAAGGCAGCAGAACAUGCUCAGAAACAAAGUAUCAAGUUACGAAGGAAAAUAGCCCACAGAAAUGCCACCAACAGCUCAAUAACGACAAAGGCUAUGGAGUCAAAAUCACCAAAAAGCUCAGAAAAACAGCCAAAGACAAUAGUCUCUAACGAAGCUGAAAUUUGGGACCAAGGCAAUGAGAGAAUUGAUGACCAACAACACAAAAGUACCAUCUGAGAAGACAAUACCUUGUGCUCACCUCUUCCCAUAGAUACCAGCUCCAAGCAAUACUGGCCCUGCCCCUUCACUGUACUCUUGUGUUUUCUGCUAUUUUGUUUUUGUUUUCUAGGAAAGUGAACUUCCUCUGACUCAGGUUAUUCAAAUAGGUGUGGACCUGGCCCUGUUCAGUGAUUUGGCAAGAACUGUUGGCAAGGCAUGGGCCUAGUCUGCUCUAUGAAGAUAUUGUAGCACUAUGAAGUACAUUUGAAUAGAUUUCCUUCUAAUUACUCGCUGUUUGUACUUCUUUCCCUCUGCUUUGUAUCUCAGCACAUUUCAACUCCUUGGCACAUUCUUCAAAUACUCACCUCUGAAUGUUCUUUUGCUCUCAUAGAAAUGGGAGAGUAAGGCCCUUAAUUUUCCCAAGUAAAAGUUACAAUUGCAAAUGGUAGAGAACAAACCUUUUAUUGCUUCUAGUGUGUUUUAAUGUAGUUAUAUUUACUUAAUGAUUGUUUAUAAUAAAGUACAUAUCAAAGAUA